AGUGGUCACCUUGUCUUUCUUGGAAACGUCAUCCUGGCUGUCAACGAAUGAAACUGUCAAUAUUGAAUGCGUUCAAACAAACGGACGGGGAGUGUUGUUUUCUUGCUUGCGGUGAAUUGUUUUCCAAGGAAGCUUUCCGGGCACAACUGCGGCAUAGAUUUCCCCGGAUCGGAAGCAUCGCCUUCAAUCUUUUCGGUCGUUUUCUGUUGCAUUCCGGCGUGCAAAAUGGCGGAAAGUGCGGAUUUUAAGGUGCCGAGCGUGGACGAGAAACUUUUAACAAAGCUCCGGAAGCCGGUGCUGCCAGCGUCGGUUUCGAAGGUAAACAUUGCAGUCCCAAUAGCGGUGGAACCGCAGAGCGCGGACCAAUUUGAACAGAACACGGUAGAAAUUCCUCCCAUACCGUACAAAGAGCCCAAAUGGUCCCGCAAAUGUGACCCGGCGCAGGAGUACAGCUUCGAGGUGGAGAAGAACGGCGUCAUCAUCGAGGUGAUCAAACAGCUGCAAAGUAAACCGUUUUGGUUGUUUGGCCGUUUGCCGAACUGUGACGUAAAUAUGGCACAUCCGACCAUCUCCCGGUACCACGCCAUACUGCAGUACCGCGGCACAGACGACGCAGCGGCGGGAAAGAAAGAGAAGAAGGAUGAUGAAGAGGAGGAAGAGGAGGUGGUGGAAGAAUCAACCCGUCCGGUACAUGCAUCGAUCGAACCGGGAUGGUAUCUGUAUGAUCUGAACAGUACGCAUGGUACCUUUUUGAACAAACAACAGAUCCCGGUGCGCACGUACGUUCGUGUCCGGGUCGGGUACAUGAUAAAGCUAGGGUCGAGUUCGCGUACCUACAUCUUCCAAGGGCCCUCCGAGGACGAUGAAGAGACAUCACGCAACAUAACCAUUACGGAAAUGAAAAUGCGCCGGCAGAAGCAGCUAGAAUUGCGCGAAGAGCUCGAGGAAAUUACGCGCAAAGAACGGGAACGUGUCGAAAAGUUGAAGGAAGAUGAAGGCAUCACAUGGGGCAUGGUGGAGGACGCCGACGAGGAGACGGAUCUAACCGAAAAUCCGUACGCAUCAUCUAACAACGAGGAGCUCUUCCUGAACGACCCAAAGAAAACAUUGCGCGGCUACUUUGAACGGGAAGGUCACGAGCUGGAGUACAAUGUGGAGGAGCUAUCGUCGGGCACGUACCGUUGCAAGGUGGAGCUACCAAUUGACGGUCCCAACGGGCAACCGAUCGUUGCCGAGGCAACGCACAAGGGUAAAAAGAAGGAGGUGGUCGUCCAGUGUGCCAUGGAGGCGUGCCGCAUACUGGAUCGUCAUGGCAAGCUGCGACAGGCAAAUCAUGAACCACGACGACGUUUCCGGAAGCAAUCUGAUUCAGAUGAUGAUGACGAUUUUCUGGACCGAACGGGAGCCGUGGAGGAACGCCGACAACGUAAACAAGCGGCUAUGAACCCGCAAACGCAUACAUACGCAGAUUUGAUACACAAGGAAGCCCUUAUUCUCGACCGUCUCGAGGCUAAUGAAAGCAAAAUACAAAAUGCUCGGCUGAUAAAAGAGGAAACACACCUGCCGGAGAAUGACGACGAUGUGGACAAAUUUUUAAACAAUCUAACUAAAGACACAAAGGUGGACAAGUUUGAAAUUCGACGGCUGCGUAUGGAGCAAGUGAAACUAAACAAAGACCUCAGCAAGAUAAAAAAACUCAUCGAAGUAGUAAAGCCGAUCGAUCUGGACAACAUUGGCAUGAAGAAAGUGGGUACCUCCGAUACCAAGCGCCAGAUGCUGCCACUGUUCGGUAAACGAACCAAGCUUAGCAACACCUUCGGCAUCCGUGAAUCGAGUAUAAAGGCGGAAAAGGAUGCCGAUGGCGAUCCACAAGGAAAGGACGAAAGUUCCGCAACGGACGAUGCACCAACCUCUUCGAACGUUGCAGUGCAGAAACAGAUGCCCAAACAAGGUAAGGAGGGUAAUUCCGCCGGUAGUAACAAAACAGUGCAUCGUGCAAAGCAGGAUGAGUUUGGCGAACCGAGCAGUACCUAUCCUAAUCUGCGGAAACGAUCGUCGACGGUGGGUGCACAGUCCAAAGCUGUAUCCGAAGAGGCGGGUGCUGACAGUGACAGCCGCACGGCGGCUGUUGCUGAUAGUAAGAAAAAACGGACCCGACUUCGAAGCAACAAAGCUCGCGAAAAUGUCGAUUUUGACGAUACGGUUGAGAUGGCGAGCGAGGAUAAAAAUGUCGAAUGGGUGCCACCAUCCGGUCAGACUGGUGAUGGCAGAACGUCGUUAAAUGAAAAGUACGGAUACUGAACUGCAACUGCGAUAACAAACAGCAGCAGUGAUCAAUAAACAAAUCCGAGCAAUUCUUCAAAUGAAGUUUUCCGUUAAAGUUCAA